GUAACAGCACAUGCAACAGGGUGCAGACAGCACCUUCUGCUUUGCCACCUCUCCUCUCUGACUCCCAUCCCCAGGAAGGCUUCAGGAGAGAAAAGAAGAGCGCAGGAGUGCCGCUGAGCUGGUGAAGAUCUGUUCUGCCAUUCCUUUGAUCAAAAGAUCAGAAGAGGGAAAAAGAAAAGAAACAGGGAGAAGGGAGUUGGACAUUUCUCUUGCAUUAUCUUUUGAAGUGAGGAAGAAGACUUAAAGAAGAAAGAGAAACCAAGAGGCUGAGUGAACCAAGCUUCAGUAGGCAGCAGAGUGGAGAAUGACUUGAAGAUGCCACCUGUGGCACUAGUUUGAUUAAAGAACAGCCUCUUCGACUUAGUGUGGGCGCCUCACUUCCCACAUCUUUUUGACCAAAUUUUUAACACCCAUGGCUUCCAAGAAGAAGUGGAGCGAGCGGAGGGAGUUGCGCAGGGAUCGUCCGUUUUCCACCCGGGAUGAUUCAUCUGUUGCGUCCGGGACAUCUGGGCCAGGGCGUCCCACCACCAGGGGGCGCUUCUCUGAGUCGUGGAAGAGGCUCAGCUCCAGAGGAGGCUCCACCAAGAGGGGGGUGCUCAACUCUCAGCAGCCACCGGCACAGAAAUCGUGGAUAGAAAGAGCAUUCAGCAAGAGAGAAUGUGUUCAUAUCAUAGUGAGCGCCAAAGACCCCCAUAGGUGCUGUUGUGGUCGUCUGAUUGGUCAGCAUGUGGGCUUGCCUCCAGGUAUAUCAACGAGUCAGAAUGAUAAGGCAGACCGGUUGGCCAAGAAUGACAGCCUGUUGGAGAAGUGGUCGAUCUGCAAACACACACAGCUCAGCCCCACUGAUGCUUUCGGCACCAUUGAGUUCCAGGGAGGAGGACACUCCAACAAAGCCAUGUACGUGCGAGUGUCUUAUGACACAAAGCCUGACCUGCUGCUACACCUGAUGACCAAGGAGUGGCAGCUGGAUCUGCCCAAGCUGCUCAUCUCAGUCCACGGGGGCCUGCAGAACUUUGAAUUACAGCCCAAACUCAAACAGGUCUUUGGCAAAGGGCUCAUUAAGGCUGCCAUGACAACGGGAGCCUGGAUCUUCACCGGCGGAGUCAACACAGGAGUGAUUCGCCAUGUUGGUGAUGCAUUGAAAGACCACGCCUCCAAGUCAAGGGGGAAGAUCUGCACCAUUGGCAUUGCUCCGUGGGGCAUUGUAGAAAAUCAAGAGGAUCUUGUUGGCAAAGAUGUGGUGCGUCCCUACCAGACCAUGUCCAACCCCAUGAGCAAGUUGACGGUUCUAAACAGUCUCCACUCCCACUUCAUCCUGGCAGACAAUGGCACCACGGGAAAGUACGGCCCUGAGGUCAAGCUACGACGUCAGCUGGAGAAACACAUCUCCCUGCAAAAGAUCAACACACGUAUCGGCCAGGGUGUGCCAGUGGUGGCUCUGAUCGUAGAGGGAGGCCCUAAUGUCAUCUCCAUUGUGCUGGAGUACCUCAGGGACACACCUCCCGUCCCGGUGGUGGUGUGUGACGGCAGCGGCAGGGCCUCAGACAUCUUGGCCUUUGGACACAAAUACUCUGAGGAUGGAGGCAUAAUUAACGAGUCUCUAAGAGACCAGUUGCUGGUGACCAUCCAGAAGACUUUCACCUACAGCCGCACACAGGCCCAACAUCUGUUCAUCAUUCUCAUGGAAUGCAUGAAGAAGAAGGAGCUGAUAACAGUUUUCCGGAUGGGGUCGGAUGGUCAUCAGGACAUUGACCUUGCCAUCCUCACAGCAUUACUAAAAGGUGCCAACGCUUCAGCUCCUGACCAGCUGAGUUUGGCUCUGGCUUGGAACAGAGUGGACAUCGCCCGCAGUCAAAUCUUCAUCUACGGACAGCAAUGGCCUGUCGGUUCCCUAGAGCAGGCCAUGCUGGACGCCUUAGUUCUGGACAGAGUGGACUUUGUCAAGCUGCUGAUUGAAAAUGGAGUCAGUAUGCACCGUUUCCUCACUCUUUCCAGACUGGAGGAACUCUACAACACGAGACAUGGACCGUCCAACACGCUGUACCACCUCGUCAGAGAUGUCAAAAAGGGAAAUCUGCCCCCGGACUACCGCAUCAGCCUCAUCGACAUUGGACUGGUCAUAGAAUACCUCAUGGGCGGGGCAUACCGGUGUAACUACACCAGGAAGAGAUUCAGAACGCUGUAUCACAACCUCUUUGGACCCAAGAGGCCCAAAGCCCUGAAACUGCUGGGGAUGGAGGAUGACAUGCCCAUCCGCAGAGGCCGCCAGAAGACAACACGCAAACGAGAGGAGGAAGUAGACAUCGAUUUGGAUGACCCUGAAAUCAACCACUUCCCUUUCCCCUUCCAUGAGCUUAUGGUGUGGGCCGUGCUUAUGAAACGUCAGAAGAUGGCGCUGUUCUUUUGGCAGCAUGGCGAAGAGGCCAUGGCCAAGGCCUUGGUAGCUUGUAAGCUUUGUAAGGCCAUGGCACAUGAAGCCUCCGAGAACGAUAUGGUGGAUGACAUCUCCCAGGAACUUAAUCACAACUCCAGAGAGUUUGCCCAGCUGGCAGUGGAACUCCUAGACCAGUCCUAUAAACAGGAUGAGCAGAUGGCUAUGAAGCUGCUGACGUACGAGCUGAAGAACUGGAGCAACGCCACCUGCCUGCAGCUGGCGGUAGCGGCCAAACACAGAGAUUUCAUCGCUCACACCUGCAGUCAGAUGCUUCUGACCGACAUGUGGAUGGGACGCCUGCGCAUGCGCAAGAACUCAGGACUGAAGGUAAUCUUAGGGCUGCUUCUGCCGCCAUCCAUCCUGAGUCUGGAGUUCAAAAACAAAGAUGAGAUGUCCUACAUGCCCCAGGAUCAGGAGGCCUACCUGCAGGAGAAGGAGGAGGAGGAGCCUGAGAAACCAGUCAAGGAGAAGGAGGAGGAAGACAUGGAGUUCACAGUAAGAUCUUACUGUGAGGCGCAGUACAACUCCGUGGCCAUGCUGGGUAAGGUAACUACAGAGACAUCCAGAAAGAAGGAUGUUGAGGAGGUUCAGAAACGCCACCGCCUCAUCCCCUUGGGACGCAAGAUCUACGAGUUCUACAACGCUCCAAUUGUCAAGUUCUGGUUCCAUACGUUGGCCUACGUGGGCUACCUGAUGUUGUUCAACUACAUUGUUCUGGUAAAGAUGGACCUGUGGCCCUGUCCUCAAGAGUGGAUCGUCAUCGCUUACAUCUUCACCAACGGCAUUGAGAAAAUGAGAGAGAUCCUGAUGUCAGAGCCAGGGAAGUUGUUACAGAAAGUGAAGGUGUGGCUUCAGGAGUACUGGAACAUCACAGACCUCAUGGCCAUUCUCAUAUUCUCUGUCGGCAUGGUUCUGCGUCUCCAGGAGCCACCGCUUAUGAGCUAUGGGCGGGUCAUCUAUUGCGUCAACAUUAUCUAUUGGUACAUCCGGCUGCUGGACAUCUUCGGGGUCAACAAGUACCUGGGUCCCUAUGUGAUGAUGAUUGGCAAGAUGAUGAUCGACAUGAUGUAUUUUGUGAUCAUCAUGUUGGUGGUGCUGAUGAGUUUUGGGGUGGCGCGUCAGGCCAUCCUCAACCCUAAUGAAGACCCAUCCUGGAUGCUAGCUAGGAACAUCUUCUUCAUGCCUUACUGGAUGAUCUACGGAGAGGUGUUUGCCGACCAGAUUGACCAUAUGCAUAGUAGGAAGUUAAAGCACAGGCUGAAAGACAAACUCUGGCUGGCCGACAAUUACUUACGAACUUACGGAACCUGGCGUACUAGUGGUCCAUCCCACAAUGCCCAGUGCAGUCAAAACCCCACCCCCUGUGGGCAGAACAUCACCACGGAUGAUGGGGGGGUGGUGGCCCUGCCUCCCUGUAAGACUGGGGCCUGGAUUGUCCCAGCCAUCAUGGCCUGCUACCUGCUGGUGGCCAACAUACUGCUCGUCAAUCUACUCAUAGCUGUGUUCAACAAUACAUUCUUCGAGGUGAAGUCCAUCUCCAACCAGGUUUGGAAAUUCCAGCGCUACCAGCUGAUUAUGACCUUCCAUGAGCGCCCAGUCCUUCCUCCACCCCUCAUCAUCUUUAGUCACAUAACUAUGGUCCUUAAGCAUCUGUGUUGUCGCUGGCGCAAGCAUGACGAUGACGAGAGGGACUACGGACUGAAACUUUUCAUCACAGAGGAUGAGCUGAAGAAAGUCCACGACUUUGAGGAGCAAUGCAUAGAAGAGUACUUCAGAGAGAAAGAUGACCGAUUCCACUCCUCUAACGAUGAGAGGAUCAGAGUCACUUCUGAAAGGGUGGAGAAUAUGGCAAUGCGUCUGGAGGAAGUCAAUGAAAGAGAACACUUCAUGAAGGCCUCGCUGCAGACCGUGGACAUUCGUCUGGCCCAAAUGGAGGAGCUGAUUGGACGCAUUGCUGUAGCACUGGAGCGUGUGACAGGUGUUGAGCGUGGGGAGGUCAACAAAGUGCGUUCCCGGACUUCAUCUGACUGCACAGACUCUGCAUAUAUACUCCGCCAGGGGGAGUGCCCAGAAGCAGCAUACAUCCUCCGUCAAAGCAGCUUUAACAGCACAGAAGGGAAUACCUACCGUCAGCAGGAGGCGCUGGAGGGAGCAGCUGAGGGCUCCAUGUCCCCUCCUUCUCCAACAGGAACAACUGCACGAACAAGGAGUCACUCAUUUUAUGCCGCUCGUGGUGGUGAACGUGCAAGUGGAGCUGAACGAGCUGAGAGCUUCUUCAAAGAGCGCUCGCUCAGCCUCCAUCGAGCCAACAGCUCACAAUCAGUGUCCUCAGGUGCCGCCCCCAAGGAGUCUAAGCCCCUCCCCCUGGCGACGCUGUCGGUCUCCCAGCAACACCGUCCAUCAUCAUGCAUUGAUAUCUAUGUCUCAACUUCUGAGGAGGUAGGGCCGGCGGAGGUCUUUCUGAAUCCUCUCCGAAUGGUCCCACCGCUUCACAGAGACUGCUCGCUGCAGUCAGAUAUCAUGGAGACGGUGCUGCCGGGAGGCCGGGACUUCGGCAGCGCUGCCACCAGUGGUAUGGGCGAUAGGCACUUGGAGGGCGGAUUAGGCAGCAGCGGAACAGCUGGAGCCAUGUUUGAUGACAGUGCAGCAGCUGAUUUGUCAUUGUGCUCGGCCCACCUCUUACCAGACGCCACUUUACCUCCUUGGGACAUGGAACCAUCCCCACCUCCUUCAGCAGGGCUGCUUGAGCGCUCUAAGAGCAGCCGCUACCUCUCUACGUCAGGCACAGCAUUACUGGAUGAGCCCCCUCUGGUUAAGUCACACAGCCUCAUGUUCACGACAAGAGGCUCCUACAGUGGACUGGGGGCAGGAGUCCAGGUAAAAGCUGCAGAGUAUACCAGCAUCACUGACUGCAUCGAUACACGCUGCGUCUCAGCUCCAUACACUCCUGCAGAACGCUCACACUCCCCCGGAGGAUCCACCUCAUUCCCUUUUGAUAAGCCGUCAGACAUUGCUUCCUCUCAUCCAGAGAGAGAGGCAGAGCUUAGCCACACAGAGUCUGAUCCAGAUGACUCUGAUGACCUGAUUCCAGCCCCUGAUACUCCUCGCCUAGGGGGCCUAGGUGGGCCCAGUGGGGCCCCUUUCUGCUCACCCUUCUCCAGGCUGGAGCGAGCAAACAGCUGCUCCUCAGAUGACUCCCAUCCUUCCCUCACGCUGGCCCCUCCACACCGGAAGAGCCUGUCGGUGAGUGAGAGGAUGGAGCGGGGACAGGGUCUGGGGGCAGACAGGGGGCCUGGGCCAGGGGGCCAGGGUCUGGCAGGAACCAGAAACCCCUUCCUCAGGAGCAAGUCUAGCGCACGGCCUGACACAGCUAAGACAGACAGCCUCUCAAUGAGGAAGCUGGCCACUCCGUCAGCUUUCCGCAGCUUUGAUAGACAAAACUACACGUGACAAGAACACUGGUUGGCACACUGACACACUGAUAAGACCAGGGAGGGAAGCUGAAAGGGCAAAAGUGAAAGCAGGGUGAAGUUGCCCAUAGAUGCUGAUCUGGACCAGAUCUACUGUUUUUUUUCACUUACGUUUUAGGUUAGAAAAGUUGGUAAAAGUUUAAUCAUAGUCAGUGCUGGAGGGCAACUUUACCCUGGAUUAAGUGUCAGGUGGAACAGGAUAGGAGACGUAGGCGUCCUACUGUACACCAGUCAAAAACAAAGAGCUAUGAAUCUAGAAUAGUUUUUACCUCCUCUUGUAGCUAUGUAACUCUCACUGAGGUGUUAUGGCAAUGAAAGGUGUAUUUGUACUGUAUGUCUUCAACCCACCACCUUUACGUCAAGUAGACAUCACAUCACUGUGUUACAUCACAUAUCAAUCAUGUCAGAAAAAUAUACUGUUACUCCUAGCUGCAUUAUAUGGUAGAAACUGUCAAGUCUGAGAGACAAAGAGGAGAAAGAAAGAAAAAACAGCCACUUCAUUUUGUCAUUUUGUCAAGGCACGGAGUCGCAAAACUUUCGCUUUAAAUGCAUUUUCCUCUCCUCAUAUAAUCCUAACUCCACUCUGUACGACCCCAGCACUAGCAAAAUAGCUAACAUUUCUGGAUGCUUCACAAAAGAAGGUUAUUGGAACCACCGGGAACUAUUUCUUCUCUUGGUUGCACUGGAAAUGAUUGCUGUAACAUGGCAACAACUUACCUCUAGAUACACAAAUACACCUUUCACAUAAUCAAUAUAUUUAUCUCUUUUUUUUUCAAAGGUAUAUCAAAUUGGCCUUUCGUUGUUUUGCAUUUUGUAGCAUAAUCUAUCUACCAAACUGUUUCUUUUGUCAGUUUAGCUAGAAAAAGAAAGCAGUGUUUGAACAUGCUCCAGUAAAAAGGUCAUUAACCUAUCACAAGUCUUCAGCUAUGGCUGUCAAGUGUCAGCAGUCUGUGCCUCCUGUAAAAACUGGGUUGUAUUAGCCAUGUGAUUAGAGUGAAAAAGUAGAAGUAUCAGGAAAAUGUGAGAAAGAAUGUGACAUGAGGAGAUCCAAUGUUUUAGAACUGAUGUUCGGGGUAGCAACGAGCAUAUUUACAUGUUGACACAUACGCGCACUGUCAGUGAAAUCUUACAUGACACUAGAAAAUAAACUCUGGUUUAGGCCUGAUCCCUGAGAGCUUUAACAAGUGCAAUUGCAAAAACAAAAGGGGGACAAGAGGGCGCUAUGAGCCGAUUUCAGAAGCAAUGCUUGCUGGGUGAACCUGAUGAGAACCUUCUUUGCCUGCACCGGACACCAAAAAUCCUUACACUCAACAAAUCAUUGCUCUCUUGUAGCCCAGCCCUCCUCCUUCAGGUUUUGACAGUGGCAUUAUGUUGCAAUGGUUUUACAUCCACCUACACCUAAUGGAUCCGUCCUUCAUGUUCUCCAUAACUGUCAUUCAUUUGCUUUUCUCCUUUAUUUUAUUAAUUGCAUUCGAAGCCAUACAUUG